UUUCUAUUUGUUUUGUUUGCCGCGUCUUAGGUCGGAAGUUAAAUAUUUGUUUAUAAAACGAUUGAUAUACCUCAUAGCUUCCAUUGUAAGUUCAAAACAAAAUGUCGGAAAUAAAAUUCGUCCAAACUCACUGUGCCGUACAAGGCUGCAAAACUACAGUUUUCAACAAAGGCCUCUCGACUUUACUUCAUCAAUUUCCAACCUCAGUUGACAUGCGAAACAAGUGGUUGGUGAUUCUACGAAGUAAGUGCGCGUCAGUGGAUUGGUUGAGGAGCAAGAUUUGUUCAAAACACUUUGAAAAUAAACACUUUGACCACCAGAGGAAGUUAAAAGAGACUGCCAUACCAACAUUGUUUCCUGGCUCUUCUAGUUCUAGUACCACCAAAAAGGUCACCAAGGUAGCAGAAAAUUCACCUAGAGACAAAAUAGAUAGAAUGCUCAACACAUUAACACAAGCAGAAAUAACUGACGACAUCAGAAACACUAUGAGGAUGAUCAAAAUUCCUGACAACUUCUCUGAUUGUGUUGGUGACAAUCUACAAUGUAUUCCGGACACACCAGUUGAAGCUCAGCUAAUGCUGUUAAUUAAAAAACAAGACCACUUGAUUACAAGACUGAAGCAAGUUGUUAUGCAGAAUAAAAAACAUGUAGAAGUGUUACAGAAAAACUUGGAGGAUAUUCGAACUUCUAAAAAGGAAAUGGAGCAAAGUAUUGAAAGUUACAAAUAUAUUGUCAAAUGUUUGCAAGAGAAACAUGCCACACUUGAAGAGCAAAUUGAAAUCCUAACAGCAGUUGAGUCCAGAUAAGUGCAAUGGACUAUUAAGUGUAUUCUAAGUUUAGGUUGGAAUUUAAAUUUUAAUAAGCCAAGAAAACAAUGAGUAUGUUUAUGAACUUGGAUUACUUUUUUUUAUUAAAUAUAUAAGCUUGCAUAAAUAAUUAGUAUUUUUGUU